ACCACACAGUACUUCCUGAUGCAAGUCAACAAGGUUGUUUUAAAAAAUGUUGAAGAAAGUACAUCGUGCCUGCAGGAUCGAAAAAGAGCAAAGACCACCAUCAUUUAGAAACAUGUCUUAGUCUGAGGCUUCACUUUGGAGGAUGGAUAAACCAGGUGAUCUUGGUAUUAGAAGUAAUCAGUGGCAGAGACUGCUCUGGUGGCAUCAGGGGCAGAAAGCGAACGAAGAAGGAGCAGAUGGAGUCAGUGAUAAAGGGAAACACAUCAGUUUGGAUCAGAAGCUAAAAAUCAACUGGAAAGAAUGGACAGUUGAUCCGGCAGAACAGUUUUAUUACGUCUGGAUACAGCUCAUGAUCUUGCCUGUUGUCUACAACUCAGUGAUUAUCAUUUUAAGGACGUGCUUCACUAAAAUUGCACUGAGCUACUUACCUGUGUGGCUUACACUGGACUAUCUGUCAGACCUCAUGUAUAUGGUUGACAUGAUCAUCACUGUUCAUACCGGCUACUUGGAUCAGGGUAUCCUAGUCAAGGAUCUAACCCAGCUGAAAAAGAACUACCUACACUCAAAGCGUUUCUUAAGGGAUCUGGCUUCCCUGAUACCCACCGACUUCCUCUACUUUGUUUUUGGCAUCCAAACUCCACUGGUGAGGAUCAAUCGCCUACUGCGUAUGCCACGACUCAGUGAGGCCCUGGAUCGCAUGGAGACGAGAACCUCAUACCCAAACACCUUCCGCAUCUCUAAGCUGAUGAUUUACAUCUUUGUGUUAAUCCACUGGAAUGCCUGUCUCUACUUUGCACUGUCUAGCUACAUUGGCUUUGGCAGUGAUCGUUGGGUCUACCCUAACAUCACCAACCCAGAGUUUGCCUCAAUGCGUCGUCAGUACUUUUACUGCUUCUGGUUCUCUGCCCAGAUUUUCACCACAGUAGGAGACACCCCCCUACCCAAAAGGGAAGAAGAGUACUUGUUUAUGAUUGCGGACCUACUUAUUGCUGUUUUGGUUUUUGCAUCAAUUGUUGGCAACGUUGGCAAUGUCAUCACAAGCCUGAGAGACCGUGAUAAUGUCUUCUUCCCAAACCAUGAGCUGGUGAAGGCAUACCUGCGUAGCCAUCACAUCAGCAAGGAGCUUCGACAUCGUAUUGACAACUGGUACCAGCAUCUUCACAUCAACAAGAAAAUUAUGCGAGAGAAUGAGAUCCUCCAGCAGCUGCCUGUGCACCUGAGGACUGAGAUUGCAGUCAGCGUUCACCUCCCCACACUCUCAAAAGUCACCAUCUUCCAGAGCUGUGAGAAAAGUCUGCUGGAGGAGCUGGUGCUUAAACUAACACCUCAGGUGUUCAGUCCAGGAGAGUUCGUCUGCAGGAAAGGGGAUGUAGGCCAUGAGAUGUACAUCAUCAGAGAGGGAAAACUUGCAGUUGUUGCAGAUGAUGGGGUCACAGAGUUUGCUGUGCUGAGUGAAGGGAACUUCUUUGGGGAAAUUAGUAUUCUCAAUAUUAAAGGUAACAAAUCAGGCAAUCGUCGUACUGCCAACAUCCGAAGCAUUGGCCACUCUGACCUGUUCAGCCUGUCCAAAGAGGACCUAACAGAUGUGCUAUCUGAGUUUCCUGCAGCCAAAAGUCUCCUGGAGGAGAAAGGCAGACAGAUCCUCACGAAGAUGGGCAUGUUGGAGGAGAAUGGGGAGGGAGAGAGGGAGGAAGCAGAGAAAGUUGAUACCAAGAUUAAAAGGCUGGAAAGCAAGUUGGAAAUCCUGCAAACAAAACUUGCUCGACUUAUGGUGGAAUUAGAGUCCAGCAACAGCAAGAUGCAGGCCAGGGUGGAGCAGCUGGAGUCGGAGGUGGCAGCACUGUCUCAGCUGCUAGAAUGUGGGGAAGAAGGAAAAAGAGCACAGGGAAGAGGUGAGGGGGUGGGAGGAGAGGUUGGAUGGGAGCGAGAAGAGGCAGAAGGAGAGGAGGAAGACUGCUUAGAUGCAAAGGUACAAAAACAGAGACAGAGAGAAGAUAGUAAUGAUGUGACCAAAGAAGGAGCUGGAGAGAGCACUAAAAGUACAAAAGAGAAUGUUGAAAGGAUGGUAGAGGGAGAUAAACCUGGACUGAAAGAUGCAGAUGGUCGGGAAAAGAAAAGAAAUGAGGGAGAGAAAAAAGAGAAAGGAGAUGACAGACUAUGAAAAGGAGAUAGAGCUGAGAAUGAACCUGAAGAUAAGAAGGAAGGGAAAAGGGAAGGGAGAGAAGUGGAAAACAUUUACAGCAGCACACAGCUGUUGACUGAAAACUAG